AUGGAGAGCAUCUCUUCUUCCCCUUCGCCCUUCUCUGCCAGUUCCCCCACCGUGCAGUCCAAGAACGCCACUGCCCAUGACUACUACUCUGGCCUGCAGAAGAGCAUGCACAUCCUCUCCAUGGUGGUGUACAGCAUUGCCUGUUUGCUGGGGGUGACAGGGAACGGCCUCGUCAUCUGGAUCGCAGGCUUCAAGAUGAAGAAGACAGUGAACUCUGUCUGGUUCCUCAACCUGGCCAUUGCUGACUUCAUCUUCACCUUUUUCCUGCCCCUCAGCAUCGCCUACACCGCCCUGGGCUUUCACUGGCCAUUUGGGAAGCUCCUGUGCAAGCUGAACAGCACCAUCGCAUUCCUCAACAUGUUCGCCAGCGUCUUCCUCCUGACGGUCAUCAGCAUGGACCGCUGCGUUUCUGUGGCCUUUCCUGUCUGGUCUCACAACCGCAGGAGUCCGGAACUGGCAGCCAGGAUUGCACUGGGGACAUGGGUCCUGGCUCUCCUCCUUAGCUCCCCGUACCUCGUCUUUCGGGACACGGUGGUCAGUUCCAGGAACAUCACCAGCUGCUAUAAUAAUUUUGCACUUUCCGAUGACUACACGUCUGAGGCAACGCGGAGGCUGUGGAGGAUGCGGCAUAAAGCGAUGAUCAUAACGCGAUUCUUAUGUGGGUUCCUCAUCCCUUUCACGGUGAUUCUCAUCUGCUACAGCAUCGUUGCUGUCAAGCUGAAAAGGCGGCAGUUAGCCAACUCUGCGAAGCCAUACAGAAUUAUCAUUGCUGUCACAGUCUCAUUUUUCCUUUGUUAUUUCCCCUAUCACGUCUUCUCCUUGCUGGAAAUAUCCAAAAACUCUUCCAGUCACGAGAUGAAAAUGGCCCUUUACAUAGGGAUCCCCUUGGUUUCCAGCCUUGCUUUCUUCAACAGCUGCAUCAACCCCAUCCUGUACGUAUUUGUGGGGCCAGAUUUCAAGGAGAAGUUUCGCCAGUCCAUCCUGUCGACCUUUGAAGGGGCCUUCAGUGAGGAGUCGGUCUUGGGCAGUCUGACCAGCCGGCGGAAGUCCAGGUCUGCUUCGGAAGCGGAGGUCCCGAGGGUCUGA